GUCCUCAAUUUGUAAUUAAGAAACGAAUAACAAGGAAUUCAUAGCCGGCCCAGAGCUUGUUUUUUUUAAGCGACGUAAAAUUAAGAAUAAUUUUAAGGUGCACGUGCUGUUAAUGCUACUGUGAUAUAUUUGAAAAAAAAAAGAAACAAUUGUCAUGGCCUGGGCACCAUCCACUACAUUUGAAGAUGAUUUCAUUGAUAUGCAAUCGGAUUUUAAUUUUAUUUAUGGACAACGUGCUUAUGAGAUAAAACGGGAGCAGGAGUCGGCUGCCGCUGCUUCAGAUCCGCGCCCAAAAUCGACAUAUGAAUACCUGGCCAAGAGGGAGAAGCGGAAUGAGGAACUGGAGCGUCAGUAUGGUUCUUCUGUCAGUAAAUCGAGGGAGAUUCGUGCGAGUCUGGCCAUGAUGGAGCGUAUUCAGCAAAUCUCUGGGACAAAACCAUUGGGUGAACAUGCCACCAUGGCCGAUUGGGAGGACACAAGCACGAUUGAGCGUGAAGCCAUUGCCAUGAUGCGUCAUUUUGGUAUGAUGUCCAUGGCAGAUGAAACAGUCACCGCAUUGAAUCCACCCAAAACAGAGGACAUGCCUAAUACGAAUAAGAAGGUUCAAGUGUUGCGCAAUGGUAGGCGCAAGUUUCCCCUCAUUCUCGAUCCGAAUUACUUUGUUCCCCGGAAGACGCGUCCUGCUGCCUCCGAGGGCACGGGUGGUUCCAAUUCCACUAGUUACAGCAGUUGCGAUUUGAAUCAAACUGCCAACAGUAGUAGUAGCGUUUAUUACUCUGCCAAAUCCCAAUUGGAUACAUCUGAAAGCAGUCAAGAAGAUGAAGUUGAAGUGCCAUAUCAGUUAUUGGUGGAUGCCGUACCAUCUUGCUCCAAAUUAGAAUUAAAAAAAGGAAAGCCUGAUGAUGGUCGUCGCUUUCCAAGAAAUUCAAAAAAGAAAAAGUCUCAAAGUAACUGAUCCAAAAAAUUGAAUCUUGAAACUGUGCCUUGAUCACUUAAGCUCUUACUCCUACUAGUAGUAAAAUCUGAAAAUAAUUCAAUGAAUUAAGAAGAGAAACAAAAACAGUAUUAUGUAUUGGUAUUCAACGAAGAUUGUUCAAAGCAAACUUGAACUACAUAUAUAACUCUUAAACAUGAAAUAAAAACUUUACCUGGGCUAACUGUUACUUAAUUCCUUAAAAAAAUUAAAUGAAAUUAUUAGGUUGCUCACAUGAUACUUUCUUAUAUAACGUUUGUUCUUAGUUUUACUAGAUCUACAACUUCUUCAACUAGCCAUGAAUAAUGUAAGCUUUAACUAGCAAAUGUCAUAAUAUAUCAAUUUUUCAUGGUAAUAAUUCAAAA